UUCCAGGAAGCUGAAACCAGUUCAAGUUAAUAUGUACAGACACACAGAACCGAAAGAAAAUGUUUAAAGGAUAAUCAUUUUUAUAUAAAAAAAGAAAGAAUUGAAAACAUUACAAACUGAGAAAAAGGAGAAUGAGAGUGAGGAAAAGAGUAAAGAGAGAAAGAAGACACUGAAGCGAACAAGAACUUCAAACUCACAAUCUGUGACGCAUGAUGGAGGCAGGAGAGGACUCUGAUUAUAGUGACAAUUAUACAGCUCAGCCAGAAAUAAAGGCCAUUAUAAUAGGAAGUAAAGCAGAGUACAAAUGCACUGCAGCUAAUACUAUUCUUAGUAAUACUGACUGUAAAGUGGGUAAAGAGAUAGUCAAGAGUGAAAUGAAGCAGAAGACAGUUCAGAACAGGUCUGUCACUUUGGUAAUGACACCAGGAUGGUGGAGGAGCUUCACACUGGCAGAGAGUGCUAAGUAUAUACAAAUGGAGAUUGUGCAUAGUUUAAAACUGUGUCCUGAUCCACACACCUUUCUCCUAGUCAUCAAUCUACACAAACCAUUCAUAAACAUGCACCUUAAAAGUGUGGUGGAGCACAUGGAGAUUUUUGGUGAGCAGAUCUGGAACCACACCAUCGUUCUGGUCAUGUAUGACAACAAAGAGCAGAAAAAUGAAGAUAGCAAGCAGUUAAUUGAGAGAGCAGGGAACGAGCUUGAUAUUGUAAUAAAGAAAUGUGGGAACAGAGUUCAUGUCUUCAAUUAUACUGACAGCAAGGGGAUAAAUGUGGAAAAACUGUUUAAUGAGAUAGAGAGACUGGUAGCUGAACAUCAAGGACAGUGCUUUAAAAUUGACAGCAAACUAUUUGAAGAUAUGGAGGAAAAGAGAAGAAACGUGAAGAAACAAGCAAAGGAGAGAGAGAAUGAAGUAAAAACAAAGAUGCACACCUUGAAAGAAUGUCUAACAGACAGAAGUUGUGGUUUUCCAGAAUUAAGGAUUGUCUUGAUGGGUGGCAGUUUUGUCGGGAAGACCUCAGUGUUAAACACCAUUCUGAAAAUCACACAAGAGUUUAGCAACUCUAAAAAGUCUUUGAUGAGAGAGGGAGAGGUCGACAAGAGAAGAGUCAUUUUAAUCGACACACCUGGAUGGUGGCCGUACGCGUAUGUAAAGGAGACUUCAGAGUCAGUCAAGCAGGAGAUCAUGUCAAGUGUUACUAUGUGUUCACCAGGACCUCAUGCAGUUUUGCUGGUUCUGCAGUCAGGUGCUGCCUUCACUGAAGCACAGAGGAGGUCUGUCAAGGAGCACAUGGAGCUCCUGGGUCGAAAUGUCUGGAAGUACUGUAUAGUGGUGUUCACCAGGGGCGAAUGGAUGGGGACUCCCACUGCUGAAGAACACAUUGAGAGUGAAGGAGAGGCUCUGCAGUGGUUGAUCAAUAAAUGUGAAAACAGGUAUCAUGUACUGAACUACAUGGAGCAGGGGAAUAGAGAACAGGUCAGAGAGUUGAUGGAGAAAGUGGAGAUGAUGGCCAGAGAAAACACAGAUCUCCUGACGCCUGUGGAAGCAGCGAUGGAGGAGACUGACAGCGGCUGGGGAUCAGACCAAGACAUGUUAGAGAGAGGAAGCUUUACUCUGGAGCGACCUGAAAUGGAUGAUGAAAAGGGAAAAUGGGCUGAAAAUGCAGAAAUUGUGUCAAACUACAGGAGCUUAUCAGACGUUUCAAAAGAUAUUUCAGAGGAUUUCACAAUGAAUCAAGAUCACUGAUGUUUAAAAAAACACAGAAAAAUAGGAAACUAUCUUGUCUUAUUUCGCUUUUUUAUUUUUUUUAUAAUUUUUUUCUCUCUCUCUCUUUUUAUCUUCUCUCAAUAUAUCAUCCUUCAUCUACUGUCUCUUAGCAUGUAGGUUCAUGUUUUGUCUCACCAUCUCUCUCCAUCAUCAGUUUGACAAACCAUCAAUAUCUCAAUAUUCCUCUCCCCCUUCCUUUAUCUUUCCACUCACUCCACCUCCCUUUCUUUCUUUAAUCUUUCAUUUUUUAUUUAACAUUCCUCUCUCUCUUUUUCUCAUCUUAACGUCUCUUGCUUUUUAAUUAUUUAGAUUAUUUAGACAUUUUAUUUAUUAUAAAAUGUAUUUUUAAUUUAUUAACUUUUUUCAGUUUGGACAACAGCAGUGGUGUCAACAAUGAACAAUUUUUGAACUUUAAAUACAUAUUCAAGUGAGGACAUGUAUCUCCUGUCUAUCGUAAUCGCUAAUAUAUGAUAAUCUAAUAUUUGUUGAGAGACUAUAUUCCUUACUUCAUUGUUUGUAAUCCUUCUGCUUCAAUUUUGUAUUCAUUUGUUUUAUCUCUCUUCUCUGCAUUACCAAAUCCACUGGAAAUAUUUCUAAGCAAUCAAUCACAUAUCAAAUGUGUCUAUAUUAUACUUAGAUGUUACAAUGAAUGUUAUUAGUAAUACUACUUAUCAGUACUUAUUGAAGAAUCAUAUUCUUCAAUAAAUAAGAUAACUGAUGGUUUUAGACAGAAAAUAGAAACAUUUUCAUUGCAUGCAGUAUAUUUUCAUACAACUACAUGAGAUCAGGAUGGUUGUUGUUUUUUUUAGACUGCUAGAGAGAAGUAUACAUUUUUAUUUUUAAAAAUUAAAUAAAUUCAGAAAAUAUAAAUGCUGUUGUGAAAACAUGUUGUUUGACUGUAUUUUCCAAAAUCCACAAACUUAUUUAAUACAAUUUUGUCCGUC